GGCAUCCUAGUCCUGUCAAAAGCAUCCAUCGGCUGGCUGCUUCUUUACCCUUAAUUCCAAGAUAAACUGGGAGAACUUUGAGAGCGUAAAUAGCUCUCUCUCUCUCUCUCUCUCUCUCUCUCUCUGGGUACAAUGUUUCCUUUACACCAAAGCAAUGAGCUGGUCUUCCAAAUUUGCUCUCACCCCCACCAACAGCACAAAAUCCCUGAUCAAGAUCUGAUCGUGGGUCAUGCUUCACUGGAUUGCAGUAGUUUUAACACCACCAUGAUAAAGGGCCAGCGGCGGAAAUUAUGCGAUAGCUUGGAUCACAACUACGGCAAUUUUAAUGAGAAGAAGAAACAGAAGAUGAGGCAUAGGGACGUCGAGAGGCAAAGAAGGCAAGAAAUGACUACGCUUUUCGCGUCUCUUAGAUCCUCACUCCCACUUGAAUUUAUCAAGGGAAAGCGUUCCAAAUCGGAUCACAUAAAUGAGGCUGGGAAUUAUAUCAAGCACUUGCAGAAGAAGAUCAAAGAACUGAGUACUGUAAGAGAUAAUCUAAAAAAGCAUUCCAAUACAACCGACCAUGGGAGUGGAAGCUCAAAUAGUUCUCCACCCAGUUUUGUGAAGGUCAACCCAUGUCGCGAUGGAGUGGAAAUCUUAAUCACCAGCAGCUUCGAAGAGGAACGGAUGCCCCUUUCAAGAGUUUUAGAAGUUCUUAUUGAAGGAGGACUUACUGUUGUAAACUGUGUUUCCACCAAAGUGAAUGAAAGGUUUCUCCACACCAUCCAGUCUGAGGUCAGCGAUUCAACAGAACCUGAUCUAUCGGAGCUGCAAAAGAAACUAACUGAAGCGAUUCCGUCAUUGAGAUGUACAUCCCCAUAAAAUCGAAUUCAUUGGAGACUCCGGUGUGGUACUGAUCUACUGCCUCUGGUUUUUUUUUUUUUUUUUAUAAAUCUGGGCACUGAACUUGGCCGGUUUGUAUGACGUCUUGUGAAUAUCUGACCUCUUACGUACCCUCACAUGAUAUAGUUUGAUUGAUUAUGUUCUUGCAUUACUCUGGUUUGCAAAAUGACUCUGCAUGCCCAGCCAUAUUUUCAAAGCUUGGA